AUGGCAAGCCAGGCUGAUCCUACUCGGCUCUUCCUCUUCGGAGAUCAAACUUACGACUUUGUCUCAGAACUGCGAGAGCUUCUGGUUAUCCGCAAUAAUCCCAUCCUAGUGGCCUUCCUUGAACAGUCACAUUAUGUUAUACGUGCACAGAUGAUACAGAAGCUGACCCCGAAAGAGCACAAGCAAGCCCGAACAGCAUCCCUGGCAGAAGUACUGCAGAAGUAUGUCGACGGCAAGCUACCGUCGGCGUUCCAAACAGCCCUUUCAUGCAUAACCCAGCUGGGCUUGUUCAUGCGGCAAUUUGAUGACCCAGCCAUACCCUAUCCCCGCUUCAACGACAGUUAUGUCCUGGGUGUCUGUACGGGAUCUCUCGCGGCAUCUGCCAUCAGCUGUAGUACUUCUCUAUCCGAGCUUCUUCCAGUCGCCGUUCAGACCGUACUUGUUUCUUUUCGCCUCGGCCUCUGUGCCGAAGAAGUACGUGACCGCGUGGAAAUAUCAGAUGCCAACCGCACAAAACCAUGGUCGGUGGUGUCCGAUAUCUCGCCCGAUGAAGUGGCCAUUGCCAUUGACAAGUUCAGCAACCAAAAGGCACUGCCAAACACCCGCCAGCCUUGGAUUACAGCGACCUCAACCAAGACCACAACCAUCAGCGGGAGCCCAGAUAUCUUGGCCGAAUUGGCCACCCAACCACGACUGAAAGAUAGCAAACGAUGGAUGGGAAUCCCGAUAUACGUCCCUGCACACAACCCGAGGCUUUUCUCCUCCAAGGAUGUCGAUAAAAUUCUUGAGACGACAAACGAAAACCCCUGGGGAACACAUGGCUCCCAAAUCCCCUUUCUCUCCUCCGUGACCGGCAAGCUCGUGUGGGUACGCAACUACCGCGAUCUGCUACACCUCGCUCUCGAGCAAUGUCUUAUUGAACCUAUACGGUGGGAACUGGUGGAGGUAGAGCUGCCGCGAUUACUAAAGGCCCGCGGUGGUGUCGAAGCUGUAUCAAUUGUCCCCUUCACAACCGUUCUUACGAAGAGUUUAUCUGCCGCUUUAAGCUCGGAAGGGGUUAAGGUGGGAGAAGCACAAAGUAUACCGGCUAAAAUACCUGAGCGGUAUAGCCACCGUCCAGGAUCCACCAGAAGCAAACUUGCGAUUGUUUCAAUGUCUGGCCGGUUUCCUGAGGCGCCGUCCACGGAUUCAUUCUGGGACCUGCUCUACAAAGGCCUCGAUGUAUGCAAAGAGGUCCCUCCACGUCGAUGGGAUGUGAAAACCCAUGUUGACCCGAGCGGAAAGGCCCACAACAAAGGAGCCACCCGUUGGGGAUGUUGGCUGGACUUUGCGGGCGAAUUUGACCCGCGAUUCUUUAGCAUAUCACCCAAAGAGGCACCGCAGAUGGACCCCGCGCAAAGGAUGGCGCUGAUGUCGACUUACGAGGCUAUGGAGCGGGGAGGCAUCGUACCAGAUACAACACCUUCAACGCAACGCAACCGCAUCGGCGUUUUCCACGGGGUGACCAGUAACGACUGGAUGGAAACAAAUACAGCGCAAAACAUUGAUACCUACUUUAUUACUGGUGGGAACCGUGGAUUUAUCCCUGGGCGUAUUAAUUUCUGUUUCGAGUUCUCCGGGCCCAGCUAUAGUAACGACACUGCCUGCUCCUCCAGUUUGGCAGCUAUCCAUCUUGCCUGCAACUCACUUUGGCGUGGUGACUGUGAUACAGCGGUCGCAGGUGGCACAAAUAUGAUCUUUACGCCUGAUGGCCACACUGGUUUGGACAAGGGGUUCUUUCUAUCGCGCACAGGUAACUGCAAGGCGUUCGACGAUGCGGCAGAUGGCUACUGCCGCGCAGAGGGCGUUGGCACCGUUUUCAUCAAACGCCUCGAAGACGCAUUAGCAGACAAUGACCCAAUUUUGGGCACUAUCCUCGAUAUUAAAACGAAUCACUCGGCGAUGUCCGACUCGAUGACGAGGCCAUUCACCCCGGCCCAGAUCGACAAUAUGUCGGCUGUGUUGAGUACAGCAGGGGUCAAUCCCCUGGACCUGAGCUAUAUCGAAAUGCACGGUACCGGGACCCAGGUCGGCGAUGCUGUUGAGAUGGAGUCGGUUUUGACCCUCUUCGCUCCGAAUGAAACCUUCCGACCACAGGACAAACCACUGUAUGUGGGCUCUGCCAAAGCGAAUAUAGGUCACGGCGAGGGAGUCUCCGGAGUCACUAGCCUUGUGAAGGUUCUGUUGAUGAUGAAGCACAACACCAUCCCACCACACUGCGGUAUCAAGCCAGGUAGCCGAAUUAACCGGAACUAUCCCGACCUACCUGCUCGCAAUGUGCACAUUGCGUUCGAGCCUAAGCCGUGGCCUCGCACUGAUAAUCCAAGACGGGUUCUCAUCAACAACUUCAGUGCCGCCGGGGGAAAUACAGCUGUCCUGAUUGAAGACGCCCCUGUCCGCGAUGCCCCAACGGUAUCAGACCCUAGAACGAACUACAUUGCUACGGUUUCGGGACAUGUAGGCAAAUCAUUGAAAACAAAUCUGGAGCGACUACGGGACCAUUUGAAGAAUCGUCCAGCUAUUAACCCUGCGGAAUUAUCAUAUACAACCACCGCCCGCAGAUGGCAUCAUCUUCACAGAGUCAGCAUUACCGGCGCAACCACCGAGGAGAUUCUAAGCAACCUGGAAAGCGCCAUUAAAAGAGGCGAUGGAAUCAACCGCCCCAAGACGAAGCCCAACGUCGUCAUUGCCUGCAGUGGACAAGGCUCGCAGUACACCGGAAUGGGCCAGCAGCUUUAUGAAUCAUACCCAACCUUCCGGUCCGAUCUCGAGCGAUUUGACCAAUUGGCUACAACCUAUGGGUUUCCCAGCUUCCUCGGUGUGUAUACCGCUCGACCGGCCGGUGACCCCAUGGAGGAUGUCCUCCCGGUGGUUUCCCAGCUGGCCCUGGUCGGCCUCGAAAUGGCUCUGGGGAAUCUCCUCGAUUCCUUAGGGCUGAAGCCAAGCGCCAUAGUCGGCCAUAGUCUGGGCGAGUACGCCGCGUUGUACCUUGCCGGCGUGCUCUCCGCAGCCGAUACCCUUUAUUUAGUUGGAAAGAGGGCCGAAUUGCUUCAAGAACGCUGCCAGCGCGGAACCCACGCAAUGCUGGCUCUUCGUGCAUCACCAGUUGCUCUAGCCGACGUGCUUGCUGAAUCCAACUGUGAGAUUGCCUGUCACAACGGUCCUAAUGAUACUGUUCUUAGUGGGCCACUAGAGGAUAUUACCAGUCUUCAACACUCCCUAUCGGCCAAGCGGAUCAAGGGUACUUCCCUGAAGUUGCCAUUUGCAUUCCACUCUGCACAGGUUCAGCCCAUCCUCGAAGAAUUUAAGGAUCUAGCUCGUGGCGUGAAGUUUAACAAGCCCCUGGUACCCAUUCUGUCGCCUCUAUUAAACAAGAUCUUCGACAAGGAGGGUAUUGUGGACCCGACAUACCUCGCCCGCCAUUGUCGCGAACCAGUCAACAUGGUGCAGGUGCUAGAGCUUGCGCGCGACAAGCAAGUAAUUACGGAUCACACCAUGGUCAUUGACGUUGGGCCCAAGGCGCUACUCGCUGGAAUGAUCAAAAUGACGCUCGGUAAAGACAACAGUUCUGCUUUGCCUGUACUGGGUCCUAGCCUUGACGUCUGGAAAAGUCUGCAUACCGUCCUGGGCACCCUCUACUCUCGAGGUCUGGACAUUAACUGGGUCGCAUACCAUGAGCCAUCCGGCUUUAGUAAAAAGGUUCUCGAGAUGCCUGAUUACGGCUGGGAUCUGAAAGAGUACUUUAUCCCCUAUAAGGGAGAGUGGUGUCUGCAUCGUCAUGAGAUUCACUGCAGCUGCGCAACACCUGGUAAGGAAACCGCAACUAGCGACUAUCAACUGCCUGCAGAUGACUCCGUAUCGGUGAAGCGUGCUUCCAAACAAGACGAGACCAAGGAGGCGUACCCCGAAAUUGCAGCAACCACAACGGUGCAUCGGGUCGUGGAAGAAAAGACCGAGCCACUUGGAGCAACAUUAGUCGUGGAGACGGAUAUCUCUCGCAAAGAUGUGAAUCAGAUAGCCCAAGGUCACCUAGUCGAUGGAAUACCGCUAUGUACUCCAUCGUUCUACGCGGACAUUGCCCUGCAGGUAGGACGGUACUCGAUGAACCGCCUUCGUGCAAGUCACCCGGGCGCUAUGGAUGGCGUAGUAGAUGUCUCCGACUUGGUCGUCGAUAAGGCUCUCAUUCCACAUGGCAAAGCACCCCAGCUUCUUCGGACACGAUUAACCAUGAGUUGGCCUCCGAAGGCUGCAGCUACAACGCGGUCCGCUAAAAUCAAGUUUGCUACAUACUUUGCCAACGGUAAAUUGGACACCGAACACGCGAGUUGCACCGUACGCUUCACGAGCGACGCGCAGCUUAAGUCCUUGCAGAGAAAGGUUCCAGAGUACAAAUCACAAAUCGAGCGGUUACGACAGGGUCUUCGCCAGGGCGAAUUCGUUCGAUAUACCAGAAAGAGCGGUUACAAGCUAAUGAGCAGCAUGGCCAAUUUCCACCCCGACUACAAACUGCUCGACCACCUGAUCCUGAAUGAGGCGGACAACGAAGCCGCGUCAACGAUGGACUUCUCCGCUGCUAAGAGCGACGGAACGUUUGCUGCGCACCCUGCCUACGUCGACGCCAUUACUCAGGUCGCUGGAUUCGCCAUGAACGCCAACGACAACACCGAUAUUCAACAGGAGGUGUUUGUGAAUCAUGGAUGGGAUUCCUUCCAGGUCUACCAACCUCUCGUUAAGGGUAAGACCUAUGAAGUGUAUUCGCGAAUGACAAAAGAUAAGACCGGAGAUCUGGUGCAUGGUGACACUAUUGUGUUGGAUGGUGAUGUGGUUGUUGCCUUCUUCAAGGGACUUUCUCUACGUUCUGUUCCACGUCGGGGUCUUCGAAUGGUCCUCCAACAAGCUUCAGACAAAGCUGCUCGUGAACACGGUGGCAAGCCAACCCCUAAAGGCCAGCCAUCUCAGCGGGCUGUUCCUACGUCUAGCCCUCAACCUCUAACGGCUACUCAAACGACAACCAAGGAAAUCCCGCAAAGCUCAGUCAGGACAGCAACAUCCAAUAGCUCAAACUCCACGGAGUCAAAGUCUGUCAAAAGACAACCUCGACCAGAUGACGGCAAAGUUCAAGCUGUUCUGGGCGUCAUCUCAGAGGAAAGCGGCGUCGCUUUGGACGAGCUUACCGACGACAGUAACUUUGCGGACAUGGGUAUAGACUCUCUAAGUUCCAUGGUUAUUGGCAGUAGGCUGCGCGAGGAUCUUGGCCUUGAGCUUAGUGCUGAGUUUUCCUUGUUCAUCGAUUGCCCUACUGUCAGGUCUCUCAAGACAUUCCUUUCGGAUCAAUCCACAGCGGAUGCUGAAGAUAAUGGAGAAAGCGAGGAACCUGUUGAGCAAGCAGCCAAGAAUCCGAGGUCCGCCUCACCAAAUCCGGAUCUAUCCCACCAGAGUCCCCCACCAGAGACCUGGGUAAAAGUUGAAAAUGCCGCCAUUGACGCUCUUAGUGGCGGUGAAGAUGUCUUCAAUACCGCACUACAAAUCGUUUCGGAGGAAAGUGGAGUGGCAUUAGAUGAGCUAACUCACGAGACGGUCUUUGCCGAUAUUGGUAUUGAUUCCCUGAGCUCAAUGGUAAUCACCAGUCGGUUCCGGGAGGACCUUGGGAUUACCCUAGACUCGUCGUUCAACUUGUUUGAGGAAGUUCCAACAGUUGCACGCCUACGGCAGUUCUUCGGUGGCAUAAGCGGAAGUACUACAGGCUCUUCGUCCAGCUCGAAAGAUGAUGAAAGUGGCAGCAGCAUCUCCUCGGCAUUAUAUGAUGAUGAAGUUGAAACAAAUGUCUUCCAAAAGCGGGUUCAUGAAUGUCGUCCAACUACUUCGGUGAUUCUUCAAGGUUUACCGCGAAUGGCCAAACAGAUCCUGUUCAUGCUUCCUGAUGGCGGGGGCUCAGCGUCGUCCUACAUCACCAUUCCUCGUCUUCAUUCUGAUGUGGCCAUCGUCGGGUUGAACUGCCCGUACGCGCGUGAUCCAGAAAACAUGAACUGCACCCACCAGGCCAUGAUCCAAAGCUUCUGCAAUGAGAUCAAGCGUCGCCAGCCGCGUGGUCCGUACCACGUAGGCGGUUGGUCGUCUGGUGGCGCAUUUGCCUACGUGACCGCGGAAGCUCUUGUUAAUAUGGGGGACGAGGUUCGCUCAAUCAUCAUCAUUGAUGCACCCGUACCGCAAGUGAUGGAGAAAUUGCCCACAUCUUUCUAUGAAUACUGCAACAAUAUAGGCCUCUUUUCCAAUCAGCCCGGCGGUACGACCGAUGGCACGGCUGAGCCUCCAGCGUAUCUGAUUCCACAUUUUCAGGCAACCGUCGAUGUGAUGCUCGACUACCGGGUGGCCCCGCUGAAUACCACGCGCAUGCCCAAGGUUGGUAUAGUAUGGGCUGCCGAAACCGUCAUGGAUGAAAGCAAUGCGCCGAAGAUGAAGGGGAUGCACUUCAUGGUACAGAAGCGGACGGACUUUGGACCUGAUGGCUGGGAAACGGUCUGCCCAUGGGCAGAGUUCGAUAUUGUCCGCGCUGAGGGUGCGAACCACUUCACAUUAAUGACGAAGGAGCAUGUCUAUCUGGUAAGGGAGCUAAUUGACCGGGUUAUGGGAUGA